CUGCUUGCCCAUGAUGCAGCGCGAGGCUGUUUGAAUGGCGUAGCUUGUUGUGGGUGAGCGCCGUCUAGGCUGUAAACUGGGGAGUGUAUGUCCGUAGAAGAGCGUUCCUCUCACCAGUACGUGCCGGCGUGUUCUCCAGCGGCGGGGCCAUGAGCCGAUUCUCCGGACAUUAUGGCACCGGGGGCCUGCCAUGUUGAGAAGUGGGACCUACAUCACAGUAGAAUCGAUGAUUACCCAAAAAAGAGGGUCUCUCCUUCACCCAAGCAGAACAUGAAGGAGGACAAUCUUUCACAAGGAGAGUCUUUAGGAAACGGCAAUCAGCAGCUUUAUAAAGUGGUGGUUUUCAAGAGGAAAGCUCAGAGCCCCGCCUUUAGAAGAAAACAGCAUCUGAGAGGCUGGGACUGUGACAUGGCAAAUAAGGAAAAUGAGUUGGCGGGAGGCAACCUGCAGGAUAAGCUCCAAAACGACAGACACACCUUUGUAUUGAACUCCAGUGACUCAGGCUCUACUCAGGCUGAGGGAGCUUCAAAGUACAGCAGCUUCUUUACAGAGCUCUAUUUGCAGGUCUCAAAGGAUCAUGAAAUAAUGUCCCAGGUCCUCUUUAGCAGGAAUCUCAGACUAAAUGUAGCGCUAACGUUUUGGAGGAAGCACAGUGUGAAUGAACUGGUUGCCUAUUUAGUCAGGAUGCAGGAUUUAGGAGUGAUAGCAGAUUGUCUCCCAGUUCUUACAAACAGCUUGCAAGAAGACAAAGCUUCAGUUUCAAUUGGUGGUUGUGUUGACCUGUUACCACUGGUUAAGUCUCUACUUAAAAGCAAAUUUGAAGAAUAUGUUAUAGUUGGUCUUAACUGGCUUCAAGCAAUUGUAAAGAAGUGGUGGACUCAAUUAUCUACAAGUUCUGAAAAUUCAUUAGAUGAAAAUGUUUUAAUACUAAAACACCAACUAAGUGGAAUGUGGCUUCAAGAAAGUUACCUUGCAUCCGUUCCAGGUUAUACCGGUAACAUAGCAAAGGAUUUGGAUGGCUACUUAUCACAGCUACAUUGAUUUGGAGUUACACCCAGCAUCCUGCAUUUUCUUCUGUUUUUCCGGACAAGUGAUGUCAUAUGGGUCUUUCCAAAACUAGGAAAAUUGCUCUAUUAAAAAAAUAGACAAGUGGAGGAAGACUUGACUCGUGAAAGAGAGUGGUGUCUCAAAACUGCCCAUUAGUUGUACAGCCACAACCAUGGUGGUGAAAACCUGCUUCAUAUUGAAGUAGUAUUAUUGUGAGGUAGCUGUUUUCAAGUUCAGAGGUAAUGUUUACCAAGUAUUUCUGCGAGACAAGUCUCCAAGAGUACCCGCUACUCUUCCUCUUAGGACACCAGAUACCUUUCUCUACUGGCUUUCUAAUAUCACUGGAAUACAUUUUUGUAAUUAACAAAACCUAUGGACAUGUGUACUUUUGUGUGACUGCAAGAAACUGUGCCUAAAGUUGGUGGUACAUUUUAAUGUGACAAUGGACAUUGCAACGAUUUCCCGAUUUUUGUUAUAUUAUUUGAAUCAUAAUAUUAAAGACAUGUUUGCAAUA